AUGAAAUCCUUUCUUUCUAAAAAAAGCAAAAAAAGCUCGAGUUCGAAAGAAUCUAAACAUUAUGACCAUGGCCUCUUUCGCACAAGAUUUCACAGAAAAAAGACUCACCGACCUGAAAACCCGACUCUAAUUGUUACCGAGAGCACGGAGCCGUCGUCAGAGAACUCGCAAGCUUCUCGUGCUGAAAUGGAUGACCACAUGCUGGCGUCGUUAGAUGAACAGAAGUUACGAGAACCGACUUCGCCUAUCUCGCCGUUGCGGAGUUCUCCCUCCUCAUCUCGUUUCUCGAGUCGGUUUUCAAGUGCUUUGAAGCUUAGUUUACCAAGCAGUUGGCAUCGACAUGGUCGGGCUUCUUCGUUUCACGAUGGAAAUCGCAGGCGUAGAGCGGUGAGUGACACUCUUCCCGCACAUGCUUCAUAUGCAUCUACGCCCGUCAAUCGUGCAAGCAUCAGUUCCGCACGCACUAGCUCAUCAAACGUUUCCCUACAACGCUCGCCCGUGGAAAGCGCUAGUGAUUUUGGUACCCAUUCCAUGUCACACACGCGCAUCCCCAGCGAUCGUUCGUCCGGUAGUUUUGCGUCGCGAACAUCGGCGGCGGAUUCUGUUCAUUCGAGCACAGAUCACAAUAAACUCGCUCCCGUCUCCUCUUCCUACUCGGCAUCAAGCAAUACGAGUGCCGAGGUUUCACGGCCUCAGUCGACACGGAGUUCCAUCGGGCGUGCUUCUUUUGAAAUAGAUGUUUGCCGGCUUUCAGAUUUCGAAAACCUAAAACCUUCCGAAGGCGAGUCGGCCAACGAGUUUUUGGAACGUGUGCAAUCCAUAGUACCUGCACGCUUCAUUGCCGCUCUGCUUUCCACAAACAACAGCCCCCUUCACCAAAUGUGUUUGCGGAUGUUUUUCCAAAACUUCCGCUUUAAUAAUGAACCACUUGAUAUGUCACUGCGCAAGCUCCUUGCUAUAUGUUUGCUUCCGCGAGAAACACAACAAAUUGACCGUGUGCUGAGUGCUUUUUCCGAACAGUACUACGAGUGCAAUCCCAACCUGUACAAUUCCGCUGAUGAAUGCUAUAUUCUCUCGUUUUCCCUUAUGAUACUUCACACAGAUGCUUUUAAUGUUAACAAUCGCCGAAAAAUGACCCGAUCCGAAUUCAUAACAAACACAAAUUUGCCCGAUAUUCUUCCGGAAAUACUGGAAUGCUUCUAUGACAACAUUGUAUUUACCCCGUUCGUUCACCUAGAAGACGACACACCAUUCAGUUCAAACUAUGAGAGUAAAGAAUCCGUCAUCUCACAGCUCAUAAGCGGAGCGUCUAUUUCGAGCUUCGUGAAAAAACAUUCGUUGCCCAAGGAAUAUAGUCACUUUGAUCUAUCACAGCAAACGAAUGCAGUGAGCAAUUACCGGCCAAAUUUAAAAGCCAUACUGGAUGAAGUGUUAAACUGCACCAUCUCAACGACCGGAACACAACAAGAGAUAGAGUGUGCAACGCUUCACCAAGCGUUUCUCCAAGCACCGAGCAUCCAAAUCAUUUCCUUGCGCUCGCAACCAAAAGCCUUCUCAUGCCACUUUGCCCCCGAUCCGGCGAACGAAAGCAGUGCGCCCGCCAUCGUUCACGUAAAAGUGUUUAAAGUUGGCGUUCUAUUGCAACGCGAUUUGAAACGUAAAGACAUCUUUGCGUCCUUUCGAGAAUGGGGUUUGAUGUUGACCAGUUCGCAACUCAUGUUUUUCCGAUCUGUGUCUAAAUGUAACGAGCUGUUGGAACAACAGCGCAAGCAUGAUAUGCUUGCUCGCGACACCGACAGUGCCUCACAACACUCUGAUCCACUUAUAUUUGAACCCCCAGUAGAAUCACUGAAUGCGGACUAUGUCGUGCCAUUAAGCAACCUCAUUGCAUACACGGACAAUUCGAACGGCAAGCGUGACCACUGUUUCAAUGUGCUUCGCAACAAAAACGAACAGUUUGUACUGGCGGCGGAAAGCGACGAGGAAAUGAACGAUUGGAUUUCACGACUAAACUAUGUGAGUGCAUUCGCUACCGCCGGCAUCAACCUGCGUGGACCGUGCCCAAAGGGCGAGAUGUCGCCGGUGGACAGCGUGUCAAUGUCCAUGUCUAUGUCCAUUGGUUCAAUGGCAUCGAGCGACACACAAGAAAUUUUGGCAAGAGUGUCACACGAAGAUGGAAUGGAGUUAUUAAGGUGCUCUAGCUAUCGAACAAAAACGCUUCAGCAGCGGAUAAAAAAACUAGAAGUUCAGCUGGCGGAGUGUGCCCGGGUGGAAACCGUCCAGCGUCGCAACACAUACAAUCUGACAUGCAUGAUGCCUGUGCAGUCUCGUACGCGCAAUCGCCUCAUACAUGCGGCCAGCAGCCUUGCACACCGGAUGCAUCAGCAGAUGUUGCACAAGGCUCGACUUGAACGAUACCUGUGUGUGCUGCGAGCGGACCUUGAGUUGGAUCGUGAAUUCAUGGACUGUCUACACAACUUCUUUCCUGAGCGGAAUUCGCUGCCGCCCGAGUCAUCGUCACCCAACAUUGCUGCUGCACACGACUAUGCCAACCAAUUGCGCCGUUCUCUUUCCACGCGGUCUCGUCUUCGCUGCAGCGUAGUUGAAGUCCCCAUCAUACGCAAGCCGACACCGCCAUCGACAUCGACAUCAACAACUUCAAAGCCUUCGGCGGUAGCAUCGACAACGUCCAACGCGCCGCCUGAGUCGUGCACUUCACAGACAUCUGCCGCACCCACUGCUGCACCUUCUUCACCCUCACUCACCCGUCCCUCCACUCGUUAA